AUGCUGCUGGACGCAGGACCCCAGUACCCCACCAUAGGAGUCACUACGUUCGGCUCCUCACGGCAUCACUCAACAGGCGAAGUCACAGAAAGAGAAGUGGCUUUGGGGAUAAAUCCGUUCGCAGACGGGAUGGGAGCUUUUAAAAUCAACCACAGCUCCCACGACCUGAGCUCCGGCCAGACGGCGUUCUCCUCCCAGGCUCCCGGCUACGCUGCUGCCGCCCUUGGUCACCACCACCACCCGACACACGUCAGCUCCUACUCCACCGCAGCAUUCAACUCCACCCGGGACUUUCUCUUCAGAAACCGGGGCUUCGGAGACGCAACCAGCGCGCAGCACAGCCUGUUUGCCUCGGCAGCGGGAAGUUUUGCAGGGCCACAUGGACACUCCGAUGCCACGGGGCACCUGCUCUUCCCUGGACUCCACGAGCAAGCCGCCAGCCAUGCGUCGUCUAAUGUCGUCAACAGCCAGAUGCGCCUUGGCUUUACCGGGGACAUGUACGGCCGGGCUGACCAGUACGGCCACGUUACGAGCCCCCGCUCCGACCACUACGCCGCAACCCAGCUGCAUGGCUAUGGCCCUAUGAACAUGAACAUAGCGGCUCACCACGGGGCAGGGGCCUUCUUCCGAUACAUGAGGCAGCCCAUCAAACAAGAGCUCAUCUGUAAGUGGGUCGAGCCCGAACAGUUGUCGAACCCCAAAAAGGCUUGCAACAAAACUUUCAGCACGAUGCACGAGCUCGUGACCCACCUGACCGUGGAGCAUGUGGGGGGACCGGAGCAGUCGAACCAUAUCUGCUUCUGGGAAGAAUGCGUCAGAGAAGGAAAACCGUUCAAAGCCAAAUACAAACUUGUAAAUCAUAUCAGAGUACACACCGGAGAGAAACCAUUCCCAUGUCCCUUCCCAGGCUGUGGAAAAGUAUUUGCCAGAUCGGAAAAUCUAAAAAUCCACAAAAGGACACACACUGGUAAGAAUUGUAACAUGUCUUUUCUUGACUCAAAAGCAUGAACAUAAUAUCCGCUCCAAAAGCUAUUUGCGUAAUACGUGUUAGCCUGCUGUAACUUCAGUGUUUUGGUUAUGUUUGUUUAAAUAUAAUGUUUUACUAUAAUACGAAAUGGUUUUAUUUGUAUUAUUCGGACCGAUGCAACAUGCUGUUGCAUUGUUUUAGUGGUACAAGUAAACAUGCCCAUCACAACAAAACAUGAAGGUCUGAAUAUAUAGCCCUACAGCAAUUUCAUACAUCCGUAGCCUAAAAAACAAAACAACGAAUGCUGUAAUAUACCUGAAGGUAAUGUUUUGUCAUUUUCAAUGUGGUGGUGGUAGCCAAAAUACCCCCACGUCACUGAAAAGUUAAUGUUAAAUGGGAAUAUGUAAGUAUUUAUAUUCUCAUUGUGUAAAAUGUUUCUUUUGUUUUUAGGUGAAAAGCCUUUCAAGUGUGAGUUUGAUGGCUGCGACAGGCGGUUUGCUAACAGCAGCGACCGGAAGAAACACAUGCACGUCCACACUUCUGACAAGCCCUAUCUCUGCAAGAUGUGCGACAAGUCCUACACACAUCCCAGCUCUCUGCGGAAACACAUGAAGGUAAAUAUUGGGUUUACUUUGACCUUUUAUAUUCAAUUUUAUUGAUAAUGUAUAUUUUGAAUUCCUAUACCCUUUCGAGAAUUAAAGUGCAUGCAUAAAAAUCCAAAGCAUAGCCUACAUUCCAGCAAGCACGAACACGGAAACAGCAGGGAGACACCAUGCAGUAAAUGCAAAUACCUGGUGUGUCUUCAUAACGCCUCUCCAUUGUCAUAUCCAAAAGAUUGAUUCACACAUUUGAAUUUAUGUGCAUUUUAAUUUAUGAGCAUUUAUAGUGGUUUUCUCAUGAACAUUUAGGCUAUUAUUAAUAUUAGUAUUUCUUAUUCUAACAGUUGAUAAUCAAACUGGAAUCCUGCAUAUUUCUAGAACGCAUGGCAGUCAAUUCAUUUUUACAUAGGCACACUGUAAAAUGUCAAGUUUUGUUUAUGUAGUUUUUGCUCUGUCUCGCAGGUUCACGAGGCUACCACGCAAGGACCUCAACCGUCGCCAGCGGCCAGUUCCGGGUACGAGUCGUCCACGCCGCCCACCAUCGUGUCCCCGUCCGCGGAGAAUCAGAGUUCCAGUUCCAUAUCGCCGGCAGCAUCGACAGUGCACCACACGACCAGUCACCACACCACGCUGUCGUCAAAUUUUAAUGAAUGGUACGUGUAA